CAGCAACAUAGUACCUGAGGUGCUCAAAGGAUCAAAGAAAACAUUCUGCCGUCUACACCAGUACAGUACUACCACAUGGCUGUGACAUUACACAGGGAGGACCCAACAGUGAGCCAGCUACCACCAGUGGGCCCAAGAAGUGCCCCUCGCCUUGUGGUAAAGAAUACACCUAUUGAGACCUCAUUUGUGAAACCUGGAGCCAAGAUAACAGCCAGAUCUGACAAUUACUAUGCUUGUCAAGAACCGAGCAGAGAAGAAUUCUUCAAAGGAACCUACAAAAGACGUUUUGUGCAGUUGAACCAGUGUGGAUUCCAUGGUGUGAGCAGCCGGCCAUAUAAAGACUUGGGCCAGGUGGAGUUGAACGAUGGUCGACUGAUACUGGAUGGACUGGGCCAGUCAUCCAGCCAAGAACAGAUGCCUGAGCAAGCCAAUCGAUCCUCCCCACACCGUCCCCUCUCACCAUCCCACUUCACAUCCCCGUACAAGGUGAAACUGCGAGCCAAGACCCCAUCUCAGUUCCCCUCUGAGCUGGCCAACCUGGACACUGCUCUGUGCCAGGGAGACAGUCGCCUGGAGUCCAUCAGGAGAGGUAGAGGACUCUUUGAGCUAAUGGAGAAACAUGAGGCACUAAAACGUGAUAGAGAGGCUGAGCAGGUGAAGCUAGCAGAGGAGGGCGCGAGGAACGAGUGGAUUGAGGCAGAGCUACCCUCUCAAGUAUCUCUCACCCAGGAACAAGAGGACCGUAUCAAGGAACAGGCUCUUCAACUACCUAACAUCAGUGAGAACCCUCCCCCAACAGCAGCAGGGCAGACACUGGAGCCCACGACUGACCAGCUGGGUAGUGAUGAGGAGUCCCAGCUGUCUCAGUCUGCAGGCUGGGGAGCAUGGAGCUACGUAUACAACCAACCCAGGCCGGGAGAUCUUCAGCUUACUCUGGAGGAUAUUAAGGAGAGGUCAGACCUGGGGGAGGCCUCCCAACCACAGCCACACUCUCAGUGCACAGAGGAAGUUGAGGGUUGGUACCGUAUGCUGUGUGUGCUAGUGUGGGUGUUGGAGGCAAUGAGAAUGGAGUCCCCUCAUCACAUGACCCCCUUCCACAAGUGCUGGAAUAGAGAGCAGCCACCACCCAACGAGAGUCUAGGGAAGAGGGUUUAUGAUCUGAACAAGAGUCAACUCAACAAGUGGGAGAAGCUGCAGAAACAAGAUAAAGCUAUCCACAGGAUGCGCAGUAGUGUACGAGCGAGUGUGUUCCUACAACGAAUCUCUCCAUUCAGACUGAGCACACCUAAGAAAAUGGUAACCACUCAACUUGAUGAUCAUGAUGAGAAAGAAGAGCACGUUAAGUUCACUGAUGCUAAACCACGUGUGCCUAGUGGCAGGGCCAGUCAACUGGAAGAGGACAGGAAGAUGAUGAAGCAGAGGAAACUCACUCCGCUCCAAACAGAGAACCUAUUGACUCUCCUUGAGGAAGAGCUCAACUACAGCAAGAAGCAGUCACGUAACAGAAUCAACGAGAUCAUCAAACAGGCCGACGAAAAGAGACACAUAAUUGUUCCUCCUGAGAGGUCACUCCAGUUGCCCCCUCUCCCUCGUCUGGACGUGGGAGAGAUGGUGACAGAGUUUGUGGAGUCAGAGGAAAGACGGGAAAUGAUUGCACACGAGCAACUCACAGCCAUGGAGCGAGAUCGCUCCAAGGCACUGCACCAGAGGUUCAGCAGUCUGAGGGUGUCUGGUAAUCUGUGGCAUGACUUGUUUGUCAUGAGAGAGGGGGUACAGAUCGAGACCACGUCAAUGGCACGAAGGAAGCUACUCAUGAACUAUGAAUGGUUUCCAGAGCUCAGGUCCAUGUUACCAGAGCCUGUGCAGAGAGUGCCCAAGUGCAGCAAGUUGCUGGCCACACUGGAGGACCUAGCAGAGUAUAUGUGUGAGGUUGGGCCUCGGAGGAUGUCUCGAAGGAAGCUCAUUCAGGUUCUCGCUACUCGCAAGCCAUGGGAACUGAGAAACCCCGACAUUGCACAUGCUAUAGAGUUUCUAACUCAGAGGGUCAUUUACAUUGUGGAGAAGGACUACACAAAGUGGCUGGAACAACACACACUAGCAUUCAAGAAGAAAACCUGACACUAAAACAUAUUACAUGUAAAUUGACUGCUUAAUUUACGUUAUGUUUUC